AUGGAAGAGUACAAUGCACAUUUCUUUGAGGGGACUGAGAAGCUGUUGGAGGUGUGGUUCUCUCAACAUGAUGAAACCAAAGGAACCGGGGACCUCCGCACCAUCCCCAGGUUUGAGUGGGACAAACUUUUGAAGAAUGUGCAUUGCUUGAUCAUCAGUGUGACAAAGACUGACAAACUGGAAGCUUAUAUACUCAGUGAGAGCAGCAUGUUUGUCUCCAAGACACGUUUUAUCCUGAAGACGUGCGGAACCACCCUCUUACUACAAGCACUAAACCCUCUGCUGGAUUUGGCAAGGCAGUAUUGUGCCUUCAGUGCUGUCGAGAACUUUUUCUACUCCCGCAAGAACUUUGUGAAGCCAUCUCAGCAGGAAUUCCCUCAUCAAAACUUCCAGGAGGAAGUGGACUUUCUCAUCCAGAUUUUCCCAAACGGUACAGCCUACUGUAUGGGGCCUUUGAACUGUGACUGCUGGUACCUUUUUACCCUGGACCUAUCAGAGCACUGGAAAAGCAAGCAUGCAGAUCAGACACUCGAAGUUCUGAUGAGUGACCUUGAUCCAACCAUUAUGGACCAGUUCUACAUGAAAGAUCAAGUUUCUGCAAGAGAUGUCACUCGCAUGAGUGGAAUUCGUGACCUGAUACCAGGUUCUGUGAUCGAUGCCGCAAUGUUCAACCCUUGUGGAUACUCAAUGAAUGGAAUGAAGAGUGAUGGGACAUACUGGACUAUCCACAUCACCCCUGAGGCAGAGUUCUCUUAUGUUAGCUUCGAAACCAACCUCUCUGCAAGAUCUUUUGAUAAUUUGGUGAGGAAGGUGGUGGAUUUGUUCAAGCCAGGGAAGUUUGUGACGACCCUCUUUGUCAAUCAAAAGUCCAAAUGUCGCAGUGUCUUUUCUUCGGACAAGAAACUCAAGGGCUACAAGUGUCUCAACCGCCAGUUGGUGCAGUUCAAUGACUACAAUUUGGUCUUUACAAGUUAUGCCAAGAACUGCCAGUAG